UGCAUGACAAGAACCCUCCACCUCCCCACACCUCGAUCCUCAAGGCAAGGAGGGUUGUCAAGGCCUUGGACACUCCUCCUUGAUGACCAUAAACCUUGAGAGUUCGAAAGCUGAAGGGAGAGAGAGGGAGGGAAGAAGCCUGGGUCCUAAUGGAGCUCAAAAGGACCUGGUUGAUAUCGGCAUUAUUGUUGCUUAUCUUUAUAUCAAAUGUAGUGCAGAUCGACGGUAGGAGACAUGGAAGAGGAAGACUCGUUGGUAGAAUAUUUCGUCGAAGGCAUGCCUUGGGUGCAAUCGCUCAAAGCCAAACUAUCCAACGCAAGCGGAUUGCUGCUUUCAAUGUGAAGAAGUUUGGUGCGGCUGCUGACGGAAAAUCCGACGACUCUGCGGCUUUCCUGAAAGCAUGGGAAACAGCAUGUCCGCUGGAAGGAAGAAAAAAGAUUGUUAUUCCACGGGGUGAGUACUUGGUUAACCCAAUUAGGUUCGAGGGGCCAUGCAAUGGCCUUAUGGAGGUGCUGCUCUCCGGUGUGGUGAAAGCGCAGCCCGAUAUAAAUGUUUUCAAUCAACAAGGUCACAAGGAGUGGAUCACCUUUAAUCACAUCGAUAGGUUGUUGAUAACGGGUGCUGGAACAUUUGAUGGCCAAGGAUCCUACGCGUGGCAGCACAACACAUGCUCUAAAAAGAAAGACUGCAGCCUCCUUCCUGGUAAUCUGAGACUAAACUUCGUCGCAAGAGCCACCGUCCGCGGCAUAUCCGUGGUGGACAGCAAGUCCUUCCAGAUGACUAUCUUCGGGUCCAACAACGUUAGGAUCCACCGCAUCAAGAUCAUCGCACCAGAAGAAGCCCCCAACACCGACGGAAUCCACAUCGGUAACUCGACUAACGUCAGGAUCACAGAUUCGGAGAUCGGCACCGGCGACGACUGCAUCUCCGUCGGCCCGGGAAGCAGGCAAAUCCUCGUCUCCGGGGUGUCCUGCGGCCCAGGCCAUGGCAUCAGCAUUGGGAGCCUCGGCCGAUACCACAACGAGCCAGACGUGAGCGGGGUGACCGUGAAGAACUGCACCCUCACCGGAACCACAAACGGUCUCAGGGUCAAGACAUGGCAGAAUUCCGAGAGCAGCCGUGCUUCAGAUUUCCAUUUCGAAAAUGUGGUGAUGAAUGGCGUCCAAAACCCCAUCAUCGUCGACCAAGAGUACUGCCCGGUUGGCAACUGUGAGAAAGGGGCACCGUCGUUGGUUGAGAUAAGCAAUGUCACAUUCCAAAACAUCAGAGGCACCUCGGCUUCAAGGAUGGCAGUGCAUCUCUUCUGCAGCAAAACUGUGAACUGUAAGAACGUUAUACUCCAAGAUAUAGACUUGAAGUUCGUGGAUGCCAAUUCCCCUUCAUUAGCUCAAUGUUACUAUGCCCAAGGGACAGCCACAGGCUAUAUGAAUCCUCCCUCUUGCUUCUCAUGAUGAGGACUCUGUCUUGUCCUCUCCAAAGGAUUUGCUGUCUCCAUGUGUAAUGGUGUCCGGAGACCUUAUGGGUGCUCACCCUUUUGUACUGACCCUGUACUGCGGACUUCGCUUGAAAGGAAUUCUUUUCUCCCUCUCCAAAAUCAUUCUUCUCGACGGACUCAUUGUGUUCCAAUUAACAUGAGUGGGGUGAAUGUCGUCUGAAUAAUUGCCAGUUCCCAUCAUGAUAUCUAUGUAUUAAAAGAAAAUUAGAACUUCUGAAUUUUGAAAAAAAUAUAUAUAGAGA